CAAACACUACCAUCCAAUAGUGAAGAUUGUUUUAUAUUUAGAUAUGUGGCCAGUUUGACUGUAAGAUAACAGAACUGAUUGUGAUUUACAAAUCUAAAUAAAAAUGCAUAAGUUAACAAAGAAAAGACAAGGUUCUGAUACAUCAAGUGGGUGCAGCAGUCUAAUUGAAUUGGAGUUGUCACCACAAAGAAAUAACUCUGACCUGGAUGAAAGCCAGCUGACAAAGGAGGAGUCUUUGAAAUUAAGAAAUCAGCAUUAUGCGUCGGUUACGUCAUUGUUUUUCCGCCACGACCCACUAAUGAUUGUAAAGGGGAAAAAGCAAUAUAUGUACGAUGAGAAUGGAAAUCAGUAUCUGGAUUGUAUUAACAAUGUCGCUCACGUGGGCCACUGCCACCCAGCUGUAACUGCUGCAGCUACACAGCAGAUCUCCCAGCUGUACACCAACUGUCGUUACCUCAAUGACAACUUAUCCACAUAUGCUCACAGAAUUACAGAACUUUUUCCACAACCACUCAACGUCUGCUUUCUUACCAACUCCGGGUCAGAGGCAAAUGACCUUGCAUUGCAAUUAGCAAGGGCACAUAGCGGUGGUACUGAGGUGAUAACACUGGAUGCAGCAUACCAUGGUCACACACGAUCAUGUAUGGAAAUAAGUCCUUAUAAAUGGGUGGAUAAGGUCAAAGACAAGCCAAGCUAUGUACAUGUGGCAUCAUCGCCUGAUGUUUAUGGCGGAAAACAUGCAGAUGCUGAAAACCCAGCACAUGAGUAUGCUAUGGACGUCAAACACAUCAUCAACAAUAUAAAACAGGAUGGUAAACAGUUGUCCUCUUUUAUCAUGGAAUCUAUGCAAAGCUGUGGAGGACAAAUUCUGCCUCCUUCUGGCUACAUGUUGGAAGCAUUCAGGCAUGUUCAUGAAGCUGGAGGCUUGUGCAUUGCUGAUGAGGUGCAAGUUGGGUUUGGGAGAGUUGGGACUCACUACUGGGCCUUUGAAACACAGGGAGCAUUGCCGGAUAUUGUUACAAUUGGAAAGCCAAUGGGAAACGGACAUCCCAUUUCCGGUGUGAUUACUUCACAAAAAGUUGCAGAAUCUUUCAGAAAAAUCAGUGACCACUACUUUAACACGUUUGCUGGAAACCCGGUUUCCUGUGCAAUUGGUCAUGCUGUGUUGGAUGUAAUCAGUGAUGAGAAACUGCUGAAACAUGCAGAAAUUGUGGGAAAUUAUGCUUUGCAAGGAAUGCAAAAACUUAAAGAGAAACAUCAGCUAAUUGGAGACGUGAGAGGGAUUGGGUUGUUCCUAGGAAUGGAGUUAGUAAAAGAUCGAACCAAGAAAACCCCUGCUACUGAUGAGGCAUAUGAGAUAUUACACAGGAUGAAAGAACGCUUCAUUAUCAUAAGUGUUGACGGACCUAACAACAACGUUUUGAAAUUCAAACCACCCAUGUGUUUUAGCAAAGAUAAUACUGACCAAUUACUGCAGGCUCUGGAUGAUGUUAUCACUAAUGUGAGCGCAUCUGAUGACAGCAGUUCCAAUAAAAAAUCAAUGGAAGUCCCUAAAGUCAAACGCGCUGUGUUGGUUCAAUGAAUAAAGCAGCACAUUUUAAAAAUGUUUGCUGUUUUAAGCCAUAGUUUUAUUACUGUAUAAUAUGUAAUGACUAGUACCCUUGAUUUUUGUUCAAGUGAUAUGUAAUUCUAUAUAUUAUAUACAUUUUUUUAAUGACUAGGUGCACGUGUUUGUUUUAAAACAUUUUGUUUAAAAAAAAAUGAGCCGUAUUUGUAUAUUUAGGAAUGUGAAACUUUUGUGUAAUUCUAUAUAUUAUUUACAUUUUUUUAAUGACGAGGUGCACAGGUUUGUUUUAAAACAUUUUGUUUAAAAGAAAUUGAGCUGUAUUUGUAUAUUCAGGAAUGUGGAACUUUUAACUUGUAAAAAUAUACAGCUUUGGUAAAGUAUGGCAGAAAACAGUUUUUUUACCAGAAGGCACGCAGGUGCUGAUAGAUAUGCUUAAUAUCAAUUUAAAGAUUUAAUAAAAAAA